UUUGCUGCUGUGUAGGGAGGUGAUUGGGGUUGAAGUGAGCGUCGUGGGGUCUGUGGCUUGCUUGGUGUUUUCGCUAUAUGUGUGUGUGUGUAUCAUAAGCGAUGUUUUGAAGCCCCUAGGAAGAUUUCGAAUAGAUGGAUAUCGAUGCUUAUGUUGGGACUGUCCGAUCUUGAACUCGUUUUUGUCGAAAGCUAGGUACGAGGUUCGACGAAAGAGGGAUUAUGGACGUUACUGUGUUCAAUAUACAGGAAAAGCAAACAUGGCACGAGAUCUACCUGCUCAGCCCCUGCGAGUCCCAAGACGGGAGUUCUUGCACCACCGCACUUAAACAAGGGCCCCUCAUGGAUUGAGCUACUGUGCCGCAUCAGGCGUGCGAUCUUCUCCCGAGGGGGCAUCGGCCCGCUCG